AUGGAUAUGGAAUUAAGUGACUCUGAUGAACCUAUAAAUAGGAGCAAGAGAAAGGCAUCAAGAUUACGGAUACUUUCUUCCUCUUCUGACGAAGAUUUUGUUUUUGGAAACAGUGAUAUGAACGAAUGUUCCUCGGAGGAAGAAGAUGUGGUGUCUAUAUCAGAGAACGAGGAUGGCGAUGAAGAAUGGCAGGCAGUAAAAGAAAUAACUUCAGUAAUAAAUGAAUAUUCGGAAGAAGAGGAAUUUUUAUAUGACACUGACUGUAAUGACCCUUUUGCUUUAUACAAACUAUUCUUCACGGAUUACAUACUAGAGAUGAUAGUUGAAGAAACAAAUAAAUAUCCUACACAAUGUAUAAAAAAUUCUUCAUCUAGCAGUAGAAUACACCAAAAAGCCUGGCAGUCUGUUACAAAAGAUGAAGUGAAUACUUUUAUUGGCAUAUUGCUUAUUAUGGGUGUAGUUCAAUUACCAGAAAUUAGAUUGUAUUGGUCUAACAACGACAUGUAUGCGAACGCACGCAUAAAAAAAGCAAUGAAACGUGACCGUUUUUUAUCUAUUCUUAAGUUUUUACAUUUUGCGGACAAUACCACAGCUAGAACUGAAGAUCGGUUGUACAAAAUUCGAAACAUUAUUGAAACAAUUGUAGAUAGCUUCAAGAGUUCUAUUAGACCUGGCAAAAAUAUCGUUAUCGAUGAAAGUAUGAAAUUUACGCCGGGAAAAAUAACACAAUCAUUGAAAAAUCACAUUCUCAUGAUGUAG